UGAGAUCCAAUGAUAGAAACCUGUUUACAGUGAACUCACACACUGGUGUGUUAUCUUUCUCUCGCACAGUUUACCAAAAUGAUGCAGGAACAUAUGAACUGGAAUUUAUAGUGAAAGAUGGUGGUACACCAGUUCAGUCAGCAACAACUGCUAUCAUACUAACACUGUUUGUUAGUAAUGAUACAUCUCCAAUGUUGACUGCUAUCCACUCACAGUCUGAUAACAACCUGAAUAUGACUUGGAUAAUUAUCAUUGUAGCAGCAGCUGUAAUAUUAUCUGUGGCUAUUGUAGUGUCCAUAACAUUGUGUAUUUUCAGAUGUAUUAAUCAUUUCAAUAAUUCAUCUGCAGAAAAAAAUAAUCCAAAAUUUCUAUCGAGGACUGAAAUGAGACAAAUCCUGUAUCAGACUAACAAUCCUGUUGCAAUAACUCGGAAUGCAGAAGAGAUAUUUAGCAGAAAUCUUCAGUCAAUAAACCCUAAAAGUUCAUACUAUCCAGAGAUGGAACAGUUAAGUGGCGAAUGGAAAUUCUCAACAACACCCAGGAGACUUCCACCCAUUCCACAGCUCUAUAAUAAAAAGGUUUCAGAUGGAUCUUGUGAUCAAAUUGACAACAGCAGUAUUGUGACAUCAAACAACCUAAGUGAUACAUUGCCAUCUCAAAGAGAUCGUAAACAUGGAUGGAAUGAAGCUGAUAUUAAACAUCAGACAUCAGAAUACAGUAACUAUACACCAAACAUACCUCCAGUACCAAAAGAUACUGUCAUUGUCAAACUACUACAGCAGCAGUUACACAGGAACACUACAAAAGAACAAAUGCCUGUCAUAAGAAACACAAAAGAUUAAAUAAUUUUGAACAAUAUCCAUGACAAAUAAUGAAUUACAACAAUGACUAUAAUCAACACAUAAAAUUUUACUUUCUCUAUGGAUUGAUGUAUACUGUAGUUUCUAUAGACAUUACUUACUAUGUCAAGGAGGAAGACAGUCCUCACACCUAUAUAGGAGACAUUGCUGUUGACUCCAACUUAUCACACCCUCUCACACAUCAACAACACACUCUCAUUACAUUUACACAACUACAAAGGACAGUCGAGAGUGGUUCUCACUUAUUCAAUGUCACCAACUCAGGAAAACUAUACACAACUGAGACAUUAGAUGCUGAGUCUCUGUGCACAUACAACAAGGAAUGUUCCAGAAUUGUUAAGGUAGCAGUGAGGAAAGCAGGAACAUUUAUAAAGAUAUUGAAGAUAAAAGUAAUUAUAGAAGAUAUCAAUGACCACCAGCCAGAGUUUCCUCAAAAGCAAAUA